UCGCGUUUCAAAAUGCCUCCCAAAAUGGGAGCCUUGAAACCUUUUCAAUUAUUGGAGGUAAACAUCAUCUCCGCGCAAGAUUUGGAACCUAUAUCCAAGAAAAUGAAAACCUAUGCGUCCGCGUGGGUCCAUCCUACCCGAAAACUCACCACAGGGGUUGAUACCGAGGGUGGUAACAACCCCACAUGGAAUGAUAAGUUUGUUUUUCGGGUAGAUGAUGAAUUUUUACAGCAGGAUACUUCUGCUGUACAAAUUGACAUUUUUUCGGUACAUUGGUUCCGUGAUUCGCUCGUGGGGUCCGUUCGUGUCCUCGUCGGAAACCUUAUCCCUCCUCCCACUAGGUUGCAACAUCAACAACAUCAUAUUGGUAUGCGUUUUGUUGCACUUCAGAUACGUCGUCCCUCAGGGCGUCCUCAAGGAAUAUUAAACAUUGGUGUGACAUUACUUGGUGGUACUAUGAGAAGCAUGCAACUAUACAGACAACUAAGUAUGUCAGCAGUUGGAUAUCGCGAUUUAAUGGAUGAAGAUGCACAUCUACCCAACUACGACCAAAAAACCCUAGAUGCUCAGAAGGACGAUAACAACAACAAUAUUGCCACUACGUUAAAACCUAUACUACGUCGUACAAGGAGUGAACGUAGCGAACGUGUCACGUUUGAUAGCGCCUCGAUGGCUAAUAGUUCAUUAGUUGCAGCAAUUCCCCACAAAAAAAAAGUUGUGGCUGUUGAAAAAGAAAGUUCAAUACUUAGUAUUUCAUUUGAGCCACCAAAACAUAUGAUGAAGAAAAAAGGUAAAGCAAGUUCUGUUAUAAGUGGUGCAGAAUUAAGAGAAAAGCCCAAAACAAAUAAUAAAAAAGGUAAAUCUGGAUCAGUAUUAAGUGAUUCAAUUGUUAGUAAAGAGUCAUCUUGUUAUAUACAUAGGCCCAAGCCCAAAGAUGAUAGGCCCAAGCCCAAAGAUGAAAAGCCCAAACUAAAACUUAUAGAGUUAGAAUUUGGGGAUAAAGAAAAGCCCAUUAAUGAAAAGAAGGGUGGAACCGAUUCACCGACGACUAAGGUAGUUGAUGAAAAGUCCAUUACAAUAAAGCCCAAUAAAGGUUUGGGCCUAGAUGUAAGCCCAAAAGAGAGACAGACAACAGUUAUUGGAAAGCCCAUGUUAAGAAAUAAUGGUGGGUUUGAUUAUGGAGGCCCAAAAGGGCAAAAUGGGACAUUUGUAUUUGGAGGUCCAUUAAAGGCCCAUUCAGUAUGGUCUGAUUCUGAAGUUGGGCCUUCACCUUCUGAAGUGGCUGCUGCUAUUGCUGAAAAGAAAUACCCUUUAGAAGAGGAGAAAAGUUCUGUUUUGGAUGGUUGGAGUAUAGAUGAAAGCGUUGAAGGGCUCCGGUCGAAGCUCGAGAGGUGGAGAACCGAGCUACCGCCAUUAUAUGACCGGGGUAUGGCGUCGAGUAGCUACCAUUCAAUGGGCCGGCAUACGAGAAGCCAUACCGAUGGUGGGAGUGGGCUUUUUUCUUGUUUUGGUAACUUUUAUGGUUAUGAAUGUCAAUGUGUUUGUGGAAAGCCCAAAAGGAGAAGAAUGAAUCCAAAGUUUCAAAGCCCAUCAGUUGGAAGCAGGUCAUGGAUGUAAAAAGCCCAAGAAAAAGCCCAAAAGAAGAUUUCAAAGGGCAAUUGUGAUAAGGGAAAGGAAAAUGAAGGAAAAUACAUUAUUUGCAAAGAGAAAAUAUUUAUUAUUAUUGUUUUUAAUUAAUAAGAUGUUGUAUUAUUAUUUUUU